AUGGAUUACUGGAUUGGACGAACAAUUUGCCUAAAAUGUGGCAGAAUCAAAAAUGACACCUUAAAGAUGACCUUCAAAUGCACUCACAAGCAUACCAUUUGUAAACAAUGCAUUAACAAACACAUAGAAGAUGCCUUAAAGAACAUUAAAGAUGAGAUUAUAAUUAAAUGCAUCAUCUUCGGAUGUAACAAGCAACUCACAUACGGAGACAUGAAGAGAGUGGCAAAUGAGGAGAAUUUUAGAAUUUAUGAUGAGGAAUCCUUUAAACGCGCGAUCGAAAAGUUUGAAGACUUUCGCUGGUGUAUGCACCUUUGUGGGACCGGUCAAAUUCAUCUUGGAGACGAAAAUUCACCAAUAAUGACCUGCUGGGGAUGCGAGAAGAAAACUUGCUUUAAGCACAAGGUCCGCUGGCACGAAGGCAAAACUUGCAAAGAAUAUGAUGAAACCCUUAGUGAAGCCGAGUCAGCCACCCGACACUUUCUUGAUCAAAAUACCAAGACUUGUCCUAAAUGCAAAAUCAUCAUAUCCAAAGAUGAAUAUAAGGUUUUAUGCCCAUCUUCGAUGCUUACACAAGAACAUUGCGAACGCACUUUGUUUCCGAUCGGAAAGAACACAUCAAUCGUAAUGGAGUCAACAACCUCUCAAAAUUUACCGGAAAGCAUAAAAACGGAAAAUACUCAAGGCACAAAUGUCCAGCAAGAAAAUCCGAUUCCUCAAGUGAAAAAACGUGAGAGGGCAGCCAAGAAGGAAAAACUGGAACAGAAGCGGCGCAGUAAGGAGGAAAGAAAAGCUAACCCGACGCAACAAGUACAAGAAAUAAUUGUGGAUCCUUUUUUGAGACAAAUGAUUCCAAUAACCGAGAAUCCUUUGGAUGUGGAACUUACGGACAGAGAGAAGAUAACCAUUAUGACUUAUAAUAUUCUCGCUCAAUCACUUUGCCGCCGUGAGCUAUAUCCGGACAGCCACGAAUCACUUAAAUGGAAAUACCGUCGACCACGGUUGAUCAAAGAAAUAUUAUAUUACGAUCCUGAUGUGGCAUGUUUCCAAGAGAUGGACGAAUCUAACUAUAGAAAUACUUUUAAGCCUGAAUUUGAGCGCGCUGGUUACGAACUUCUGUAUUUUAAAAGCGAACCUAAAUCGCAUGGAUGUUGCAUAAUUUGGAAGCGUUCCAAGUUCACCAAGUUAAAAGAUCUUAAAAUCGAGUUCGAUAAAUUGGAAGUAUCCACAAUGCCAACCAAUUGCGUAGGACUUAUUGUCUCACUAGAGUGCAUCAAGGCAUCUCGUCAAAAUUCUGUUGAUCAAGGGGAAACCAAAUCUGGGAUCAUCAUUGGGACAACGCAUCUUUAUUGGAGACCUCAAUGCAUGUACGAACGAGCGAGACAAAGCUUGUUAUUGUACGAAAAUCUGAUAAAGCUUAACGAAGAAUUCGGAUUUGUGACAUUUUUGGCUGGGGGUCAGUAUAUUCACUUAUUCACUGCGUUUGCUCCCGUAGCGAUUUAUCUUGUACUCGUCGAAUUCAAUUCUUUUUGCUUCUUAGACUUCAACUCGUCGCCAGAAACUUCAGCGUACAGAUUGAUGGUACAAAGAGAAUCCGCAUUAACCAAACAAGAUAUAGAGAAUUUAAAAAAUUCCAUGAGAUAUUUUGAUGGAAAAAAGGAUGAUUUAGACGGAAAGGUACCCUCUCCGAGCACUGUGGAUAAUGAAGCGUGUAGAGAAAGUGAUAGAACGUCGUUGACCGACGAUUGUCCCUCGUCCUCGGUUGUUGUACCGGCAGAAACAUCGAGCCCAUUUCCACCGUGUGAACCAUCGCUUUCUGAUCUAUUUUCGAGGUUCUCGAUACUUCCACGAUGCACGUCACUCUACUCGAAAUAUUAUCAUAUAAAAGAUCCCGACAAUACUUUUCUAAUGGAACCGAAAUAUACAAACUACGGACUGUACUUUAAAGGAACAGUAGAUUAUAUUUUUCAUAUCCAUAGUUGUCUCCAAAACGAUGAUUAUCCUGAUGAAACGAAAAAUGAAAAGAACAUCGAAAAAAUAAACAGUAACGCUAAUGAGUCUUUGGCGGAUGAUGAUAAGGGUAAUUUUACUAGAAAGGCAAAGAAAACUAGAAAUCAAGAGAUUAAGGUGUCAAGUAUAUUGAGGAUGCCAACGGAAGAAGAAAUUGGAACCUCAAGCACAUCUUUAUACGAUGACGCCAGAGGUGUCAAGUGUAGUAGUUCACAGCAUGACUCAACAGCUUGA